CCCUCCUCCGCAGUGAUGGGGGGAGGUGGAGGAGGAGGAAAACUAGAGCGAGGACGCACUCGACCCUACACUCGGCACCAUCAUGGCACCUAUCGGAUUAAAGGCGGUGGUCGGAGAGAAAAUUAUGAAUGAUGUCAUCAAGAAGGUGAAGAAGAAGGGAGAAUGGAAGGCCCUGAUUGUGGACCAGCUCAGCAUGAGGAUGUUGUCCUCUUGCUGCAAGAUGACAGACAUCAUGACAGAGGGCAUCACCAUUGUGGAAGACAUCAACAAGCGACGAGAGCCUCUUCCCACCCUAGAGGCCAUUUUUUUGAUUACACCGACAGAGAAGUCGGUCCAUACCCUCAUCGCAGACUUCAAGGACCCUCAUUCAGCGAAAUACAAAGCAGCCCAUGUUUUCUUCACUGACUCGUGUCCUGAUCCUCUGUUCAAUGAGCUGGUGAAAAGCCGUGCUUCCAAAACAAUCAAGACGCUGACAGAGAUCAACAUCGCCUUCUUGCCCUACGAGUCUCAGGUAUACUCUCUGGACAAUGCUGAUGCUUUCCACAGUUUCUACAGCCCUCAUAAGACCCAGCUGAAGAAUCCUGUGAUGGAGAGGCUGGCUGAGCAACUGGCCACGCUGUGUGCCACACUGAAGGAAUACCCUGCAGUCAGAUAUAGAGGGGACUACAAAGACAAUGCAACCCUGGCUCAGCUGGUUCAGGAUAAACUGGACGCCUACAAGGCUGAUGACCCCACCAUGGGAGAGGGUCCAGAUAAGGCUCGUUCACAGUUGAUUAUCCUGGACAGGGCCUUUGACCCCGUCUCACCUGUCCUGCAUGAGCUCACCUUCCAGGCUAUGGGCUAUGACUUGUUGCCCAUUGAAAACGACGUUUACAAGUAUGACACCAGUGGCAUCGGAGAUUCUCGUGAGAAAGAGGUUCUGCUGCAUGAAGACGAUGACCUGUGGGUGAGCCUGAGACACAAACACAUUGCAGAAGUGUCCCAGGAAGUGACACGUCAGCUGAAGGAGUUUUCCUCCAGCAAGAGAAUGAACACUGGAGAGAAGACGACAAUGAGGGAUCUGUCUCAGAUGUUGAAGAAGAUGCCUCAGUAUCAGAAGGAGCUCAGCAAGUACUCCACUCACCUGCAGCUUGCUGAAGAUUGCAUGAAGCAUUACCAGGGAACGGUGGACAAACUGUGUCGUGUGGAACAGGACCUUGCGAUGGGCACAGAUGCUGAGGGGGAGAAGAUCAAGGAUCCCAUGAGGGCUAUCGUGCCCAUUCUGCUGGAUGCUAACGUCAGCACAUACGACAAAAUUCGUAUCAUCCUGCUGUACAUCUUCCUCAAAAAUGGCAUAACGGAGGAGAACCUGAACAAGCUGAUCCAGCAUGCUCAGAUCCCCCCUGAAGACAGUGAGAUCAUCACCAACAUGGCUCAUCUGGGAGUCCCCAUUGUCACAGACUCAACCCUCCGCCGAGGCAAGAAAUUGGACAGGAAAGAGCGAGUGAGCGAGCAGACCUAUCAACUGUCCCGCUGGACACCACUGGUCAAGGACAUCAUGGAGGAUGCCAUUGAUGAUAAGCUUGAUACUAAGCACUACCCUUACAUCUCCACCCGCUCCUCUGCCUCGUUCAGCACCACUGCUGUCAGUGCUCGGUAUGGACAUUGGCACAAGAACAAGACACCCGGAGAAUACCGCACCGGCCCACGCGUCAUGGUCUUCAUUAUUGGGGGAGUGUCCUUCAGCGAGAUGCGCUGCGCCUAUGAGGUCACACAGGCCAACGGGAAGUGGGAAGCCAUCAUUGGAUCAACCAACAUCUUUACCCCCACCAGCCUGCUGGAGCAGCUCAAGGCCAUGAACAAACCAGAUGAGGAAGUGACAAGUUAAAAAUCCCCCAAUCAUCGAAUCUCUCUCCUCCUUACUUUCCUCUUUACGUCAACCAUUCCUUUAUUGUGUGUGCAUCUUGCUUGAGAAUAAUAAUAAUGAAAAAAAAAAAAAAAAAAAAAAAAAACAUCUAAGAUGACCCCCCCCCCCCCCCCCCAAAAAAAAAAAAAAAAAAAGUUUAAACAAGAAUAAUACAAGUAUUCUCACGUUUUGCUAUGGAUAAAAUGAAAUAACUUGAUUUAAAUAUCCAAACAGACGGACAUUUAAAAGGGAACAUACCAAAAUGUAAAAGUGUACUGUAUGCUAUAGAACCUGCUAGACUAUGUCAAAGGUAGAGCUGUCCUUGUUGGUCGCUCUGGCUCACCUGCUUAGUGUCAGUGUAGUGGAGGAGGGAUGUGCCGUUUGAGAGGUGCCAGUUGUAAAAUAUAGCAUAUCAAUCAACAUGCAAUAUAUAUAUAUAUAUAUAUAUAUAUAUAUAUAUAUAUAUAUUAAACCGGAGAGGAGACGGCCCAUUUGAGAUGUUUGUAUCAAGUAGCAUGCUUGGACUUGUCUGGACUGUUAACUGUGUUUGUAUCCCUUGUGGAUGUUUUUGGGAGCUAGCUUUUUUUUAAAAAUUUUUUUUUUUUUUUUAUAUAAGAUGUUGUGUUUGGAUACUGUACUGAAAGACCUUCCCGCUUUCAAAACCACUACUGAAGCAUCCACUUCUCAGCUUGCAACUCAGCGUAUUAGCUCCGACUAUGCAAAUUCACCACGCGAAUGCAUUUGCGGUCACGUUGUGUUCGGUUAUCGUUUCCGAGCUGCUGCCUCCAUAGUGCUCACCAAAAGGACUUUUGGUGAGAAUUUUAGCGACAGAGUACUAAAUGAGUGCAGGCUGACAAACUCAAACACACAUGCUGUAUUUUGACCGAGCGGUACCGUAAUAGUCCACAGACACGUCCACAGACAUUUUAAAGAAAUGUCACAUUGUCAAAACUAUUCAUACAAUGAAGAAAACAAUUGUAAUAAACUGUAAAACAAAUUUUAAAAAAGGAAAUGAAUGAAUGUAAAUUCUCUGGGUAAAAAAAAAAUGUUUCUCUGGGUACUCUGGUUUCCUCCCACAUCCCCAAAAUAUGCAUGGUUAAUAUAUAAUGGUUCAUUGAAGACUAAAUUGUCCAUAGGUGCCAAUGGUUUUUCUUUUAUAUGUGCCCUGUGAUUGGCUGGCGACGAGUUCAGUGUGUAUCCCGCCUCUCACCCAGUGUCAACUGGGAUAGGCUCCAGCACCUCCUCGCUAGUGAGGAUUAGUGGUAUGGAAAAUGGAUGGAUGGUAGUAUAAACUUCUAUUUUGAUCCCCUAUAUAUCCGACACAGCAUUACUCGCUAAGUUACGUCGCAAUUUUCCAUUAUAUGUUCUUCCAUUUGUUCAUAAAAUAAUAUUUUGUAUGUAAUACAGAAGAGAAUUAAUUAAGAAUAAUAAGAAAUAAAAUGAAACGAGUAUUCAGUGGCCAUAAAAAAGAAAAAUCAUGUGAAGCAACACAUUUGCCAGAAUGCAUUGCGCCAGUGUUGAAUUAUGGCAGUGUUACCAAUGGCAAUUCAGGUGCCAGAUUUUUUAUUUUUUUUUUCUGUAAAAACUACAGAUUAUGCAUUAUUUUUUUUGUAUUUCUUUCUGUUAACACACGCAACGCAGUCAAUAAUACAACUAUUAACAAAGGAGGUGAAGGGAGGCUUGACUGGAUAUAAGAAAAUCAACCCACCCCUGUUCAAAUGGCACGUUGGCAGGUUUUUGGAAGGUACAAUUCUCCCAAGGAGUCAAAGAAAGGCCCAUCAAAACACUUAACAUGUAAAAUUGAUGAAGAAAGGGGGAAAAAAUGGGCUGCAGCAAAAUGAGCACUUUUUUUCAUCCAGGGCAAAAGGCCAGAUGCUUGAGCACCACCUAGUCGCUAUGUGUGCAUGUGCCUGGACAUGACUGGAGUUCAAGGUGAAAUAUAUAAUCGUGGUUUUGAGUGGUGUCUGUGGAUGGUUUGACAAAGCCAAGACCCUUGAUGAUUUUGAAGAGAAUCAUCCCUCCUCCGACUGUGAAGACUACAAAGUAUUCAAUUGACACCCCUCCUCUCUCCCCCACACACCCCCGUCAAUGUCAUGUUUUCAUGUUGAAAAAGCCGCUGCUUGCUCAUAGCUAUUGUCACGAAAAUUCCUGAAGAAAGCCUCUUGUAUUUCAGUAUUGUAUCCUGUUAGUCUUAUUGCUUAGCAAUGAUGUUUCAUUGCACCAUGCACUGAGUAGUGUUGUGUAUUUGCCAUAUGUUGUUGCUGUUUAGUGUCUCACUGUUGACUGGUGAUGUUUCGGACUGUGAAGUAAUGCUACCUUUCCUUUAUUGAUACCAAUAGGACGCCACUGUAGUUGCGAUGUUUUAGCUGUAGAUGUUAGCUGGAAACAAACAAACAAAAAAAAAGAAAUCGAUAUUUUCUUUGCCUGAUUUUCCGCUGGUGCAACGUAAAUCCUCUUCAAUGGUGAAUGGCUUUGCAAAAGUAAAAUAAUUUAAAAAAUAAUUUCUCCAUCUCUUUCCUCUUCUCCCACCCAAACAAGUUGAAUAUUGCACUACAACAAGGUGUCCGUGUUGCAAACGCUUACUUGUCUUUAUUUUUCCCAUUAAUUUGCUGUUCAAUAGGAUUAUCUGUCAAAUUGCUUGACUUAUUUCAGAACUAUUUAUCUGAAAAAAAUAUCAGCACAUUGGUCUGUCCUUAAAUUGUUUAUGUUAUUGGGAAUGUAUGUUUGCGAGUGUUGAAGCACAAACAAUACUUCCAUGUGUAACAUAUAUGUACUAAGGCUGUCGAAUAAAUUGGCUUCCAUUACA